AUGAAUAAUAUCAGUGACUAUAGUGACCACCAAUGGGACAAACAAAUAGACCGGUGGCUAGUCUCCAAACUCGGCGAAUACCUGGGCAACGACUCCACCAUUUACUACUGGGGCUAUGAAUACUGGGAACAGGGGUCUGACCCCCGGUCAGACCACCUGCCACUUGUGGGCAUUUCAUUCGUGGGUCCUAAUAAACGGUUACUUUUUCUUCCGGGUCCUUUUCCACACGACACGACUGGGACGGGAGAUGUGGAACUUCACGAACCCUAA